AUGGACGUUUUCGGAAAGAUAACCGUAGCCCUUCAUUAUGCCAGCCUAGCUUCCACAUCAAAAAAAGCGGACCAGUAUUUAUCCAAACUGCAUCCCAUUCCUAAGCGCCUUCCAGUUCAUAUAAUCACUCAACACUGGCCAUCCGAGUUCAACAUCUUACCAAGAGGUGCAAGCGAUUUACAUGGGUUCAUAGAACUUAGUGCCCUAGAAUCAGUGCCAUCUUCUGUUGUGGGUACGGCGUCGUCCAUCGCUACAGUAAGCUUGCAAGAGAAAUGUGCCUCGGGAGGCUCAUCUGUGCAACCAGUCCCUGGUACCGUAAAGACUGCAGCCGAAUCAUCCGAUUGGCGCAAGACGAAAAAACGAUUGAAGAUGCCCGAUGCCCUAAUUGAAGAGAGUAGCCCCACAUCGGAUGAUUUAUAUUCCUUGCAAAAUGGAAAUGUCAGCACACCCAGCACUGAAAGCUCCACAAGUUCGAGUGAGGCAGGGCAGCGAGGGAAGGCUUGCUCCCCAGGAUGCAUAAAGUGGGUGAAUGCAUUGAAGACAAACUAUCCAAACAUCAAGAAUGUACAAGAAAUGGAUUAUGCUUUGCGUAGAAUGUUCUCCCGUUCCAUGGAGCACUUGAAUUACGUGGAAAAAAUGAGAUACGCUAUUCGACAAAAGCAUUCAAUCAUACGAUAUCAACAGAAGCUGCAACAGUAA